AUGAGUGAUGAAUUUUGCGGUACUCAUUUGCAGAUCAUGGUUAGGACCAGAGGAUUAGGUCGUGCCUUAGGUCAGGUCACUCGCAGAGGUGUGGGCAGAGGAGAUCAUGAUGAUUCCGAUGAUGCUCCACAGCGUCGACGACCUACUGCAUCCGCACGGAGGCAGCGAGUCGCUGUGACUGCGGAUCACGUCGAUGAGCUAGUCAUCCCUGACCCAGAUGUUCAGGAUGACCCGAUGGAGGCACCAGCUGCUGUGGAGGACAUUCCUGCGGACGCAGGCGCAGAGGCGGCUGAGGAUCAGCCUCAGGGAUUUCCGGGUGGUCCGAGCGACCCAUCUGUGCUGACAGCGUAUGCGGAUCACUUUGCUUGCAGCGUAUGGACGGGAGAGGAGCGUCCUGAAUUGAAGUUAUCCUCUCAUGGGAGGAAGGUCCACAGUUUAGGCAGCCCUGCCCUUGCCAUUGAGGGACUUAUUGCUGUGGGUGAGCUCACCAUCACAUUGGACGACGUCUCCUCUCUUCUCCAUCUUCCCGUUAUAGGCGACUUUCACGCAUUUGAGCCCUUGCACGUGGAUGAUGCGGUUCAGAUGCUGGUGGACUUGUUGAUGGUGUCUCUAGAGUCUGCUAGGGCUGAGACAGUCCAGUGUCGUGAACCGUACAUACGCCUACAAUGGGUACAUGAUAUAUAUCAGCACCGAUGCCAGGCAGGUCAUUGGACAGCUACGACUCAUGCAUAUCUUCUUCACCUACUGGGUUGCACUCUAUUUGCUAACAAGAGUGCAACCAAUGUCCAUGUUGUCUACUUGGAGGCCCUUCGUGACCUCAGUAUGACAGAGAGUGCUGGAUUUACGAGCACUUUCCCUCGGUUGCGGAGUCCACCGCUGAUUAGGACUAUGACGAGGCUUCUCCGCGUGCGUGCAGGGCCUGUUGCUGUUUAUUACCGACCGGAGAGGGUCGUGCGGCAGUUUGGUUACACGCAGACCAUUCCUGCUCCUCUUGUUGAUUCAUGGGUCUCGUAUGAUGAUAUACACGACAGGUGGAUGCACUACGAGGAUCAUAUCGUACCUACAGGUGAGGUGUGCGUUGUGCCAGGGGCGUGUUCCAGUGACUACAUCGACUGGUUCUUCCGCAUCUCUCAUCCUUUCAUGACACCAGGCCACGCAGUAGAUCCUCUGCCUCAUGGUCACGCCCCGCAGCCCCGAGUCGUCCCUCAGGCCCCGCAGACGGAUAUCCCUCGCGUGCCGGAGCCAAGAGCAUCGUCGACAUCUGCGGAGGAGCCCAGACAUGUUCUGGAAGUUUGUGAUGACAUUGCUGAGAGGUUGGAGCGCCAUCUGAGUUUAGGGGUGGUCACGCCUGGCUCAUCGACACAUGAGGUGAUCGAAGAAUGCCUCAGAUUAGUCAGGAGUGUGACACAGGACCAUCUAGUAUACGUUAGGUGUAGACGCAGGCGGCGCACUGAUCAGGCGUAG